AUGGCGCGCGAGGAGGUCGUUCGCCGCCUGUUUCGCGAGCACGGCGGCGUGCUGAGCAGUGCGGCGUUGGUGGACGUGCUCAAUGCGUACGAGAAAGAGGUGCAUGUGCCGCUCAUGCCUGCGCCGCUGCUCGCGCGGUUGGAAGCGUUUGUUUCUGCGAAUGCGGACCUUGAAAUCGACUGCGACGCGUUCCUCGGGCUCGUGCGCUCGCUGGAUGCGGCAGGGUCGGAGCGCGAGUCUGUAAGUGGGUCGGAGUACGACGAUACAUUGCUGGAGAAUAGCAUGGAUCUGCUGAGCGCGUCGCCAGACACGACGAUGCAGUCGGAGCCGCCUGUGACACCGGCAAAGCAUCGCGGUCUGCAGGGCGAUGUGUAUGUCUCGCCACAGAUCAUGCGCAGCGCAUUUUCGGAGCAUGAUUUGCUCAAGAAUCACUCGCAGGAUCCUGGACGCUCCGCGGUUCUGCGCAAGCUGGCAAAGGUCAAUGACGCGCUCGAGCGGCUUCAAAUGGAGCACGACCACCUGGCCGCAGAGAAGAACAAGCUUGAUGUUGCGCAUGCACAUGUACAGAAAGAGCUUGGGGCAGUGCGCCGCGAUUUGUGUGCGGCGCUGGCAGCAGACUCGCUGCAAAAGGCACGGAUCGCCGAAUUGGAGCACCUCGCUGAGGUGCAUGAGAAGGAGACACACGCGCGCGAGGCAGCUGUGAAACGGGCUGCGUCGGAUUUGGAGGAUCAUACUGCCAUGGUGCGGCGCUUGGAAUCGGAUGCACAGGCGCAUGGGGCGGAGCUCGCGCAUCUGCAGCGUGUAUGCGAAGAGUACGCCGGUGAAAUGGCUGCUUUACAUACGACGUGCGACGCACAACGCGAUGCGAUUGGGGGGCUUGAGGGUACAAUUACCGUGCUGGAGGAUGCAAAUGCAGCCGCGGAGCGUUUGCGCAAAGAGUACGACACAUUCCGUACGAUUCACCAGGAUUUGGAGUCGGAGUUGGCUUUGCUGCGCGAGGCUCGUGCUGAUGAUGCACCGGUGCUUGCACUGGAACUUGGUGUACUGGCGCUGGGAGAGGGAGAGGGGUGCGUCGAUGCAGAGCGCACGGACCCCAUAGAGAAAGGGCCACACUUGCUUUGUGCACGGGAUACGCAAGUGACCGAACCGGACCCCAAGUGCGAACCGGAUCGAAUGGAUGCGGGGCAGGACUCUUUGAGCAAAGAGGCCGCGAGCGAAGAACCCCGCCAACACACUCCUCUCAGCCCAGCCUUACAGGGGCGUGACAAACACGACAAUCCGCCGUCCGCUCACGCCACACGCCACAUUUUCUAUUGCAAACCCAUCAUCUCCAUACACCGCCGGGCCGUAGCCCAGCGCGCUGCAUUGGUCCUUUUCGGCGUAUGGCUUGGACUUUGGGUCUACUAUUUUCUCAUACGCACCGCUUCCCUUCGCCCAUUCGCUGCACUUGACAAGAGCUGGCACGAUGUCAAUAUGCUCUUUGACCCCCAAGUGCGUGGCGAAGGAGCUAUGUACACUUUGCACGUAACAUGA